AUGUUCAGAUUUCAAGUGUUAGUUGUGGUGAUUCUGGGUUUCUGUCAAUUGUCCGUGGAAGCGAAGAAGAAUGUGGAACAGAAGAAGCAAACUUACAUUAUUCACAUGGCGAAAUUUGAAAUGCCUGUGAGUUUUGAAGACCACGCUCACUGGUAUGACUCGUCACUCAAGUCGGUGUCGAAAUCGGCUGAGAUGCUUUAUACUUACAGCAAUGUGAUCCAUGGAUUCUCGACUAGACUCACGGCGAAGGAAGCCCAGAUCCUUGAAAAUCGACCAGGGAUUCUGUCGGUUUUGCCGGAGAUGAAGUACGAACUUCACACUACUCGGACUCCGUCGUUUUUGGGUCUGGACCAGAAUGCAAAUUUGUUCCCUGAGUCUGACUCAGUGAGUGAAGUCGUCGUCGGAGUUUUGGACACCGGUGUAUGGCCGGAGAGCAAGAGCUUUGAUGAUACUGGGUUUGGACCGAUCCCAAGUUCAUGGAAAGGUGAAUGUGAAUCUGGAACAAAUUUCACUUCAUCCAACUGUAAUAGAAAAUUGAUCGGAGCGAGGUUUUUUUCAAGAGGCUACGAGGCGGCUCUCGGCCCAGUUGACGCAACCAAAGAAUCAAGAUCACCACGAGAUGACGACGGUCAUGGCACGCACACAUCCUCUACGGCGGCAGGCUCAAUUGUUUCCGAUGCAAAUCUCUUGGGCUACGCCGCAGGGACGGCUCGUGGGAUGGCCGCGCGCGCAAGGGUAGCAGUCUAUAAAGUCUGUUGGCUCGGCGGCUGUUUCAGCUCCGACAUUCUGGCAGCCAUGGAUAAAGCCAUUUAUGACAACGUUAAUGUGCUGUCCUUAUCUCUCGGCGGUAGCAUGUCAGAUUAUUACAGGGACAGUGUUGCAAUUGGAGCUUUUGCUGCAAUGGAGAAGGGCAUUUUUGUCUCUUGCUCCGCCGGAAAUGCAGGCCCCAGUUCGGACAGUUUGUCCAACGUGGCACCGUGGAUUACCACUGUCGGCGCCGGAACGUUGGACCGUGACUUCCCGGCGUACGUUAGCCUCGGUAAUGGUCAAAAUUACUCCGGCGUUUCACUUUACAGAGGUGACUCGUUGCCCGGGAAAUUGCUUCCCUUUAUUUACGCCGGCAAUGCGAGCAAUGCCACCAGUGGGAAUCUUUGCAUGACGGGCACAUUAAAUCCUGAAAAGGUUAGCGGUAAAAUUGUGUUAUGUGAACGUGGAGUGAACCCAAGAGUUCAAAAGGGUUAUGUGGUAAAAGAAGCAGGUGGAAUUGGCAUGGUUUUGACAAAUACCGCCGCGAACGGCGAGGAACUGGUGGCGGACGCCCAUUUACUUCCAGCCACGGCUGUGGGUCAAAAAAGAGGUGAUGCAAUUAAGGAUUAUUUAUUAUCUAAUCAAAAUGCAACUGCCACAAUUUUCUUCGAGGGCACGAAGUUGGGGAUCGAACCAUCACCAGUGGUUUCUGCGUUUAGCUCACGUGGCCCGAAUUCGAUAACCCCAGGGGUACUUAAACCGGAUAUGAUAGCUCCAGGUGUCAAUAUUUUAGCAGGGUGGUCCGGCGCAGUUGGACCGACUGGCUUAGCCACAGAUAAACGGCGUGUUGGCUUCAAUAUCAUUUCAGGUACUUCAAUGUCCUGUCCACACGUGAGCGGCUUAGCAGCACUACUAAAAGCUGCACAUCCCGAUUGGAGUCCAGCCGCUAUCCGGUCAGCUCUUAUGACCACGGCUUAUACAGCUUACAAGGAUGGGAACAUGAUCCAAGAUGUCGCCACUGGGAAGCCAUCCACGCCGUUUGAUCAUGGAGCUGGACACGUGGAUCCCGUAUCAGCCCUCAAUCCAGGCCUCGUAUACGACUUGACAGUUGAAGAUCAUUUGAAUUUUCUUUGUGCAUUGAAUUACACGGCUCAACAAAUCAACAGCCUAGCCAGAAGAAAUUUCAGCUGCGACUCUAGCAAACAAUACAGCCUGAAUGACCUAAAUUACCCUUCAUUUGCAGUAUCAAUUCAAUCACAAAUGGGUAGUACCAAUGAGGUUAAGCACACAAGAACACUGACUAACGUUGGAUCACCUGGUAUGUACAAGGUUUCUGUUUCUACAACCAGCGCAUCGGUCAAGAUUUCAGUUGAGCCUGCUACGUUGACUUUCAGUCAAACGAACGAGAAAAAAUCGUAUACGGUGACAUUCAGUACAACUUCAAAGGCAUCAAAGACAAAUGUGUUUGGUAGAAUUGUAUGGUCUGAUGGGAAGCAUAGUGUUGGAAGUCCAGUGGCUAUUAGUUGGACUUAG